CAGCUUGCGGUGUGCGGCUCGGCGGUGCGUGCUGACGUAUGUAAAGGACGUUUUCAAGGAUACACGCACUCUCUCUCCAACCGUUGAACUGAAAACUUCCGCCAUGACUUUCUCCCUGAGUUUGGUGCUGUUGAUGUUGGCAGUAUGGGAAGUCCAGUCAUCUGCGCUUUUUGGGAAAAGUGCGCGAGGGAGACUGGAGAGAGAAGAGAGGUCGGCUUUGAGGCGGGUGAAGAGAGAGGGAGGCUGGACAUACGGAUCAGGGAAUAACGGUGUGAACUACUGGACCCACCUGUACGGCUCGUGUGGCGGUAAAUUCCAGUCGCCCAUUAACAUCGACACUGAGAACCUAGUCUUCAACAAGGGACUUGGCGACUUCAUUUUCGAUAACUCUGAUACAGAAAAUGUGAUUGUCAAAGUCAUCAACGAUGGACACACAGUGAAGGUGGUGUACCAACAAGGGGGACUUCACGGUCCACUCACCUGGGCUAGCUCAUGACAAUUGUUCAGAGUGGCCAACAUUCACUUCCACUGGGGCAGCACUGAUGACGUGGGAUCAGAGCACACCAUCGACAGCAUUGCCUAUCCCAUGGAGAUGCACAUAGUGACGUGGAACACUGCUUACGGUACAAUGGAGAAUGCAAUGACACACCCCGACGGAUUGGCAGUCCUGGCUUUCCUCUUUGAGGUUGCAGGUUACGACAACCCUGUCUUUACUCGUCUCACCAAAACGCUGAACGGGAUUCAGAAUCCAGACGAUGAGGAGGACGUACAAGUUUUUCCACUAAUCAACUUAAUCCAGCAUAACCACAAGUACUACAGGUAUCAAGGUGGACUGACCACACCCCCCUGUUCAGAAGUCGUCCAAUGGACAAUCUUCAGGGACACCAUCCACAUCUCUAAGUCUCAAAUGAGUGCAUUCCGAAAGCUGAAGUCACCAGGUAUAAACGGAACAUCCCAACCGCUAGUGAACAACUUCCGGCCGGUCCAGCCAAUCAACUACCGCAAGGUUCAAGCCAGUUUCCUGCCAUUAUGAGGAACUCCAGGACUUAUUCGUCAUGCAUAUAUUAUGCGUUUCUGUACGGUUUUCGAAUUUCCAGUAUCAAUAAAUACUAGUAUAUAGGAA